AUGGGUCCGACCGUUGUGUUGAAUGAGACCCUACUCCUUGAUUCAAUGGCAUCAGAUUCGCCUUUGGAUUCCCCGAUGAGUCAAGACUCACCAAUCCAAAAAGAGCUUAGACCUAUUGGUCGAAAGGCGACGAAUGCGAAGAGAGGGAGUACUUCCGGCAAUGAUAUUGCAAAAAUUUUAGAGCAAAUUGCAAGGAACGGCACCAUGAGAAUUGAAUUAGACAUGAAAAAAGAUGCGGAUGAAAGAAGGCAAUGA